AGCAGGCGUUUCUCUGUACAGCAGAACCCGAAGGCUGAGGAAAACGGUGUUGUUCUAGGAAGUCUCGGCUCUGUUUCCCAGUGAAAAUAAGCAGGGAAGCAGAGGUGCUGGGGACUGGGUGGAGGGCAGUGCUGGAUCCCAUGUGCAGCCCGGCUUAUCUGGCACACUCGCCCGUGCAGCUCUUCUCCCAGGGAAUUGCACUAGAGAGCGAGGAAGAGGAUGACAAUGAAAUGGAAGUGGAAGACCAAGAUAGUAAAGAAGCUGAGAAGCCAAACAUCAUUAAUUUUGAUACCAGUUUGCCCACAUCACAUAUGUACCUGGGCUCGGACAUGGAGGAGUUCCACGGGAGGACGGUGCACGAUGACGACAGCUGCCAGGUGAUCCCCGUGCUGCCCCGGGUGAUGGUGAUGCUGAUCCCCGGCCAGACGCUGCCUCUGCAGCUCUUCCGCCCCCAAGAGGUUAGCAUGGUGCGGAAUUUAAUUCAGAAAGACAGAACCUUUGCUGUCCUUGCAUACAGUAAUGCUCAUGAGAGGGAAGCACAUUUUGGAACCACAGCAGAAAUCUAUGCCUACAGAGAAGAGCAGGAAUAUGGAGUUGAAACAGUCAAGGUGAAAGCAAUAGGAAGACAGAGGUUCAAGGUGCUUGAAAUACGAACACAGUCAGAUGGAAUCCAGCAGGCUAAAGUACAAAUCCUGCCUGAGCGAGUGCUGCCUCCCACCAUGUCAGCAGUGCAGCUGCAGUCCCUCAGCAGGUGCCGUGUGAUUCCCUCUUCCAAACCCUCCUGGCAGGACAGAGCCAUCCGCCAGUGGUGGCACAAGUACCAGAAGAGGAAGUUCCACUGUGCAAGUUUGACAUCUUGGCCCCCCUGGCUCUACUCUCUCUAUGAUGCUGAAACCUUGAUGGAAAGAGUCAAGAGGCAGCUCCACGAGUGGGAUGAAAACCUCAAAGAUGAAUCUCUUCCAUCAAACCCAGUAGAUUUUUCUUACAGAGUUGCUGCCUGCCUGCCCAUUGAUGAUGCUUUACGUAUCCAGUUGCUCAAAAUAGGCAGUGCUGUGCAGAGGCUGCGCUGUGAGUUAGAUAUCAUGAACAAAUGUACAUCUCUCUGUUGUAAGCAAUGCCAAGACACAGAAAUAACUACCAAGAAUGAAAUAUUCAGCUUGUCCCUGUGUGGGCCCAUGGCAGCCUAUGUGAAUCCCCAUGGAUACAUCCAUGAAACCCUCACUGUAUAUAAAGCUUCCAACCUGACUCUCAGUGGACGCCCCUCCACAGAGCACAGCUGGUUCCCUGGGUACGCCUGGACCAUAGCCCAGUGCAGGAUCUGCGGGAGCCACAUGGGCUGGAAGUUCACGGCCACCAGGAAGGAGCUGUCCCCUCCCAAGUUCUGGGGGCUGACGCGCUCGGCGCUGCUGCCGCGCAUCCCCGAGGGCGACGGCGAGGACUCGGAGCGCGGCCGCUCGCCGCUGCUGUGCCUGUGACACCCCCAGGGCCCCUGCCCAGUGCUGCUUCCGUGCUUCCUCGGCCCGGGAACCCCGGGAAGCGCUCCCCGCCCCAGGGAACCGGGCUCACCCGGCUCCCUGUGCCGUUCAUCGGGAGCUCCGGGCCCUUCUGGAGAGGGGGUGACGGGAGACGCCAGGAGCGAGAUCCGCGUGGGACGCGCCGGGCAAUCCCCGAUCCACGCGUGAGGCUGGACUUGCGCGAGUCCCACUGGCAGCGAAGGGAGGGGACGGAAACUGAAAUGGAAGUAAAAUCCCGACGAGCAGAGUCUGAUCGAUGCAAUAGCAGUUACCUGCUGAGGAGUGUUUGCCAUAAUACACUUACACGUGGUGUGCUGAGAAUCCCUGUUUCUAACUCUGUGAAGUCCUUCGGGUUUGCUGCUUGUGCUGUUUCUCAGCUUUUUGCUGAAUAACCGUGGAACGGAGGAGCAGCCUGAGAGUUGCUGAGUGCUGGAAUGUGCAAAAGCUGGAAUUGCAGCUGCCUCCCAGGAUGGAACCCGUGGGGAAGUAUCUGUUCCUUACAAGUUGUCUCAUCCGUUUAGUCCGUUUGUCUUUAGAAGUCUUAAAUUUUAAACUGCUGAUAAGAAGUGCACGGGUCAGUCCCAGAGGGUAAACAGCAUUGUCGUGUUCUGUUCAGUGUGCUUCAAUUGCUUCCCCAAAUUGUUCUUGGUAAAUUUAGCAGUGGAGAUGUCCAGGGCUUUGGGAAGGACUCUUAAAACAUCCCACCAAGGUGAUUUUUAAAUACUACUUGUUGUGACAAAGGGAAGGAAACAUCUCAUUUAAUUAUUUUGUCCUAACUUUCAGAUCAUAAAGUAAAAUUUCACAUUAUCACCAUAUACAAAUAAAGCAGAAAUAAAGGCGG